CAGUAAUAAACAGACUUCGAACGCGUGCAGUUCAGAUUGAGUUUGAGGUUCGAUUGGAUUCGAGAUAUCCAAGUUCCUUUUGCGCUACGUUUUGUUUAGCCGAGUUUGCCCCGAACUAAAAUCACCCACCAAAGCCGGUUCGGGAUGCGAUGAUGCCAAGGAUGCAGCUGAUGCAGCCGGGCUCUUGUAUCUUUAAGAUACAAAUUAAGUUGAUUUGUUGCGCUCGCGUUCUCUUGGGUAAUUGAACCCCACAGUUGGGCUCCUUGCGCCCUCUGCCGCGCGGUCUUCGGUCUUCGGUCUUCGAGCAUUUCGUUGCAUUUUGUGUAUCUAGAUACCUUUGUCGGUAUCCGUAUCCGUCGCUUGUCAAUCUGGUCGCUGAUAAAAAAGCAAACGCGAACGCAGCCACGAAACAUAAACCAGCCGUCAACGGAAAAUAAAAGUAAAAAGCAACAAACAGCAAGUGGCGUAUCAGUUCGUGUGUUCUCGGUGAUAAAUGCAUUUCAUGCGUUCCAACUAUGUAAAUAGCAAUUUAAUUUGAGUGUCCACAGUAAACAUCAAAAAACCGCCCUGGACUCCAGUCACCACCACCAACAACACCAUCCCCGGUGGAGCCCAGUGAUCCCAUUGAAACCCCGGUAAACCCCUGAAAAGGGCAGUCGUUGUCAUCGUCGUCAUCGUCGUCGUCGUCGUACGUCUGUGCCAUCCAAAUAUUGAAUAUUUACAAAUGCGUUGAGUGCAUUUUCGAGUGGCCGGCACUUACAGUGACUAUCUGGUGGAUGUGCGAGUGUAUUCAUCGGAUUGCCAGCAGCAUAAAACUUCGUUUUCGAUACUGAUCCAAUACGCGAGUGCUUAUAUAUUUUUUGUGUCGCUAAUUGAGACCAAAGGUGUCGAAGUGCGGCGGUUAUACAUAUACGCAGAUGACUGCUAGGAUGAUCUCAAUAUGCGGCCUGGUCAUGGCUUUGAUGAUGGCUUCCGUUUUGGCCAGCUCAUCGCGUUUCCAGCGAGUGCCCCAAAGUCAGUCCGUGGUGGAAAAUGAAUCCGUGAAAUUCGAGUGCGAAUCGACCGACUCCUACAGUGAACUGCACUACGACUGGUUGCAUAAUGGUCAUCGGAUUGCGUAUGACAAGCGUGUCCAUCAAAUCGGUUCCAAUUUGCAUAUCGAGGCGGUGCGGCGCACGGAGGAUGUUGGCAACUAUGUUUGCAUCGCGACAAAUUUGGCCAGCGGCGCCAGGGAGGCGUCUCCGCCCGCCAAACUGAGCGUGAUAUAUCUUGAAUCGGCCAGUGUUCAGCUGCUGGGCAGCAAUCGCAACGAGCUGCUGCUCAAGUGCCACGUGGAGGGCGCCUCAGGAGAUUUGGAACCGCUAGAGAUCGAAUGGUAUCGCAACAGCGAGAAACUUAGCACCUGGAAGAACGUCCAGCUGGAUCAGCAUCGCCUGAUAAUCCGACAGCCGGGAAGCGAGGACGAUGGCCUGUACCGCUGCACCGCCUCCAAUGCGGCGGGUCGAGUGAUGAGCAAGCAGGGCUAUGUCUACCAGUCCAGUGUGAAGUGCCUGCCCCGACUUCCUAGGCGCAAGAACGAAAAGAUGAUGGAGUCCUGGGACAAACAGACCUUCCUGUGCCGCGGUAAGCGCGGUGGAGCUGCUGGACUAGAGGCACUACCCGCCGCUCCCGAGGAUCUGCGCAUUGUGCAAGGACCCAUUGGUCAGUCGAUUAUCAAGGAGGGUGAGCCCACGGCUUUGACCUGUCUGUAUGAACUGCCCGACGAGCUGAAGAACCAGCGCAUUCAACUCCGUUGGCGCAAAGAUGGCAAACUUUUGCGUCAAGUGGAACUGGGUGGCUCGGCGCCCAUUCCAGGUCACUCCUUCGAUUCCGGCAAGGAUGCUCUGUUGCGUGAGGACGCCCGUCUAGUGCUGCACAAGCAGAAUGGCACCCUAAGCUUUGCCAGCAUUAUUGCCAGUGAUGCGGGUCAGUACCAGUGUCAGUUGCAGCUAGAAGCUCAUGCUCCGAUUAACUCAUCUCCUGGCAUCUUGGAGGUCAUCGAGCAGCUAAAGUUUGUUCCUCAGCCCACGUCCAAGAAUUUGGAGCUGGAUGCAGUGGUGGCCAAGGUUCACUGCAAGGCGCAGGGCACUCCAACGCCGCAGGUGCAAUGGGUUAGGGAUGGGGAAAAUACCACUUUACCCGACCAUGUAGAAGUGGAUGCCAAUGGAACACUGAUUUUCAGAAACGUUAACUCGGAACAUCGCGGCAACUACACUUGCUUGGCCACCAACAGCCAAGGACAGAUAAAUGCCACUGUGGCUAUAAAUGUGGUGGUCACUCCCAAAUUUAGUGUGCCCCCAGUGGGACCCAUCGAGACUUCGGAGCAGGGCACCGUGGUGAUGCAUUGCCAGGCGAUUGGGGACCCCAAGCCGACAAUUCAGUGGGACAAGGAUCUAAAGUAUCUGAGUGAGAACAAUACGGACCGCGAAAGAUUUAGGUUCCUGGAGAACGGCACUCUGGAGAUACGGAAUGUCCAGGUGGAGGACGAGGGUAGCUACGGCUGCACAAUUGGAAAUAGUGCAGGACUCAAGCGAGAGGAUGUCCAGUUGGUAGUGAAGACAACCGGUGACGGUUUCGCUCCAGAGGAAUCCGGAGGUGAUGGCUUCCUGGUCACCCGAGCUGUACUGAUCACCAUGACGGUGGCCCUGGCCUACAUAGUGCUCGUGGUGGGCCUGAUGCUGUGGUGUCGCUAUCGCCGUCAAGCCAGAAAAGCCCGUUUAAACGAUCUGAGCACAAAGGAAGCUGGCGGGGAUCAGCCGGAUGUUGCUGGCAAUGGCAAAGGCUCCGAGCAGGAGCCCUGCCUGUCUAAGCAGCACAAUGGCCACAGCAAAUCCAGAUCCAAGUCCAGUGGAGAUGCCCAGAAAUCCGAUGACACAGCCUGCAGCCAGCAGUCGAGGGCCUCAAAGAAAUCGGCACAUAUUUACGAGCAACUGGCUCUGCCAAGAUCCGGGCUCAGUGAACUCAUACAAAUUGGACGCGGCGAGUUUGGGGAUGUGUUUGUGGGCAAACUUAAGGCUACCUUAGUCACCUCGCCCUCGGACAAGGAUGCGGAUACGGAAAAGCAGCACAGCAACAGUGAAAAUGGCAGUGGAGGCAGCGGAAGUGGAAGCACCACGCUAAGUACUCUAAAUGAGAAGCGUCGCUCCAAGACCUCCAUGGACGACAUUGAGGAGAUCAAGGAGGAGGAGCAGGAUCAGCACAAUCAAUCGGGUCUCGAGCAGCUCGUUCUGGUCAAAGCCCUGAAUAAAGUGAAGGAUGAACAGGCCUGCCAGGAGUUUCGACGACAGUUAGAUCUGCUGCGCGCCAUCUCGCACAAGGGAGUAGUACGUCUGUUUGGCCUGUGUCGCGAAAAGGAUCCGCACUACAUGGUGCUGGAGUACACGGAUUGGGGCGAUCUCAAGCAGUUCCUGCUGGCCACCGCCGGAAAAGUGAACACUGCCACCGCGGGCAGCUCCUCACCGCCGCCACUCACCACCAGUCAGGUUUUGGCCGUCGCCUAUCAAAUUGCCCGAGGAAUGGACGCCAUCUACAGAGCUCGCUUCACCCAUAGGGAUCUGGCCACUCGCAACUGCGUAAUUUCCAGUGAGUUUAUAGUGAAGGUAUCCUAUCCGGCUCUCUGCAAGGACAAGUAUAGCCGCGAGUACCACAAACACCGCAACACGCUGCUCCCGAUCCGCUGGCUGGCGCCCGAGUGCAUCCAGGAAGACGAGUACACCACCAAGAGCGACAUCUUUGCCUACGGUGUGGUGGUGUGGGAGCUCUUCAACCAGGCCACCAAGCUGCCCCACGAGGAGCUGACCAACGAGCAGGUGGUGCAGCGUUCCCAGGCGGGCUCCUUGGAGUGGUCAGUGGCCGAGGCGACGCCCGAUAGCCUGCGAGAGAUAUUGUCAAUGAUUCGAUGGAUCCUCGCUUGGCUUAGCUAUGAAAUGAAUGCUUAAGUCGCUGACAAACUACUGAUAUAAUCCUUUUCUGCGUCCACUUUCAGCUGUCCUGUUGGGUGUCCAAUCCGAAGGAGCGACCUUCGUUCAGCCAACUGGGAGCUGCUCUCAGCAAGGCGAUGCAGAGUGCCGAGAAGUGAGGCCAGACUGAUGGCUCGAUCAUGCCAAAAAGUAAUUCGUAGUAUUGUCUUAGUGUCUGCACGCCCGAGUUUUGCUAUGCGCUCAGAAACCUAGUCUUAAGGAUCGAAGGAUAACUGCGCCUGUUUAACAUGCGCAUUGCGCACUUGGUGGCACACAGAAUGAAGUUAAGCAGCUACUGUACAAACACAAUGUAUGGAAAUGGGGAUAUCUUCGUGAAUAGUAUUGCGUGGUGCUGCAUAUUUUUAGGUAUGCAGCUAAAAUGUACAUAAUAACUGCCACAAAUAUGCAUUUAAACCAGUUGAAGCAUUUCUAGGAUUAGAUCAUUUCAACCUUCGUCAGCAUUUAAUAAUCGACUUCUAAGCUAAAUUAGUAAAUAAAAUAAAAUAUAAAUACACAAGCAUAUGCAUCACACAAAACAACGAGCGAUUUCAUUGUUUUCAAACAUUGAGAAACUAAGCCAAAUUUUAAGUUUAGCAUUAAAUAUAAAUAACACACACCACCCACAUAUUUUAUCACAAGCCUAGUUAUACACUUUUUAAUGCGUAAGAAACAAACAGCCGAAACAAUUUUAUGACUAGCCAUUUAAGCUUUGAUGCAUGUUUACAAAACAUUUAAAUAAACUCGAAUAAAAUAAAUUUAAUCAGAAGGCAC